AUGAUGUAUAAGGGGCGUGGUAUAAAGGACCGUUCGCGAAAAUUGUCGCUAUUGGUGCUUCUUUCUGCUAUGUCUACUUGUGUCACAGGCUUCCUAAUUUAUCUAGCGGCAUUAAGUCCUUCAAUGAUUUUCGAUUCAAAAUCUGCUGGAAGUGCACUUUCGAUAACGGCAUCACUGUUAGCUGCUGGACUGCACUCGUACCUCAGGGUAGCAUUCGCGUCGCUUUUGCGUUGCUACGACAAAAGUGAAUCGAGAUUAUUCUGGUUCGGUUUGUUCACACAGAUUGGCUCCUUCAUCGGCUCCAUGGUUAUGCUUCCUUUAGUUGACAUCGUGCACGUGUUCACGUCAGCCCCACCAUGCAGAUAA